GCUCCCGUUCGCUGCUCUGAGUUCUCUGCGUCUCAGGGUGCGCUCACAGGCCUGAAGCUCCAGCGAAGAACCAGCCAUACAGUUUGGCGUGAGAGAGAGAGCGAGGGGGUGUGAAGAGAGAGAGGGUCAGGCGGAGCGGCGCAUGACGAGGACAAGUCGGGACACCUAAAAGCAGAGAGGACCGGGCAAGGCUGAGCGUGAGCCGGUGGAAUACAGUGAGAGGGAGAGCGGUUUCAGGGGGAAAGAGCUGAGGAGGGGGAACCCGGUAGCUAUGGAGGCCGGCAGCGACCAACCGAUGUCAUCCUACAUCAUGGAUGAGGAGACGCUGAAGAGGAAGCAGAGGGAGAAGCUGAAGAAGCUGCAGGCCACGGGUGGCAACCCCCGGCCCGCCCGAUCCCUCUUCUUCCUCACGCUGAAGAACCCCUUCCGCAAGGCCUGCAUCAGCAUUGUGGAGUGGAAACCCUUUGAGAUCAUCAUCCUCCUCACCAUCUUCGCUAACUGUGUGGCACUGGCUGUGUUCCUGCCCAUGCCGGAAGAGGACACAAACAACACCAACACCAACCUGGAAAGCCUGGAGUACAUCUUUCUGAUCAUUUUCACUCUGGAGUGCUUUCUGAAGAUAGUGGCGUAUGGGCUUCUUUUUCACGCGGACGCAUACCUGCGGAACUGCUGGAACAUCCUAGAUUUCGUCAUCGUGUUCAUGGGGCUUUUCACCAUCGCCCUUGACACCAUCAACCACAUUAGCGGAGUUGAGGCCCCGGUGGGCGAGAAGGGGGGAGGGUUUGACAUGAAAGCCCUCAGAGCCUUCAGGGUCCUGCGGCCGUUACGUCUGGUCUCAGGGGUACCCAGCCUACAGGUGGUGAUGAACUCCAUCCUUAAGGCUAUGCUUCCACUCUUUCACAUCGCCCUGCUGGUAUUCUUCAUGGUCACCAUCUAUGCCAUUGUGGGCUUGGAGCUCUUCAAAUGCAAGAUGCACAAGACCUGCUAUUACACUGGCACAGACAUCAUCGCCACGGUGGAGAAUGAGAAGGCCUCGCCCUGCGCCCAAGCAGGAAACGGGCGCCGCUGCACCAUCAACGGCACCGAGUGCAAGGCUGCCUGGCCCGGGCCCAACCACGGCAUCACCCACUUUGACAAUCUGGGCUUCGCUAUGCUCACCGUCUACCAGUGCAUCACCAUGGAGGGCUGGACCGAUGUGCUCUACUGGGUGAAUGAUGCCAUUGGAAAUGAGUGGCCCUGGAUUUACUUUGUGACACUCAUCCUGCUGGGGUCAUUCUUCGUGCUCAACCUUGUGCUGGGCGUACUCAGCGGCGAGUUCACUAAGGAGCGAGAGAAGGCCAAGUCAAGAGGAGAGUUCCAGAAGCUGAGAGAAAGGCAGCAACUGGAUGAGGAUCUGAAAGGCUACAUGGAGUGGAUCACCCAAGCAGAGGUUAUGGACAAUGAUCAAGAGGGUCAAGGACUCCUGCCUCUUGAGGAAGGUGGCUCAGAGACAGAGAGUUUAUAUGACAUGGAGGGCAUGGGUCGUCUGAUUUAUUACUUCCGCCGCUGGCGCAGAUGGAACCGUUUUUUCCGCCGGAAGUGCCGCACCUGGGUGAAAUCCAAAUUCUUCUACUGGCUGGUGAUUCUGCUGGUCUUCAUCAACACUCUGGCCAUUGCCACAGAACACCACCAGCAGUCAGAAUCACUCACUAAUUGGCAAGACAACACCAACAAGGUGCUGCUGUCGCUGUUCGCGGCUGAGAUGUUUGUGAAGAUGUACGCCCUAGGCCUACCCUCUUACUUCAUGUCCCUCUUCAACCGCUUCGACUGCUUCGUGGUGUCGGUGGGCAUCCUGGAGCUCAUCCUCGUGCACAUGGACGUGAUGUCGGCCAUGGGCAUCUCUGUGCUGAGGUGCAUCCGGCUGCUGCGCCUUUUCAAAGUCACGAAAUACUGGACAUCGCUCAGCAACCUGGUGGCCUCCCUGCUCAACUCGGUGCGCUCCAUCGCCUCCCUGCUGCUCCUCCUCUUCCUCUUCAUUGUCAUCUUCUCCCUCCUGGGCAUGCAGGUGUUCGGGGGCAAGUUCAACUUCCCCGACCAGGAGGUGCGGCGCAGCACCUUCGACAACUUCCCCCAAGCUCUCAUCACCGUCUUCCAGAUCCUGACAGGAGAAGACUGGAACUCAGUUAUGUACAAUGGAAUCAUGGCUUAUGGAGGACCAGUCAUGCCAGGGAUACUGGUCAGCAUCUACUUCAUCAUCCUCUUCGUCUGUGGUAACUACAUCCUCCUGAAUGUCUUCUUGGCCAUCGCCGUGGACAACCUGGCUGAGGCGGAGAGUCUGACCUCGGCUCAGAAGGAGAAGGCAGAGGAGAAGAAGCGCAAGAAGCUGCUGAGGGCAAACCUCCCAGACAAGGCUGAGGAGGAGAAGGCCAUGCUGGCCAAGAAACUGGCAGAGCAAAGGGCCAAGAUAGAGGGCAUCCCCACCACAGCCAAGCUGAAAGUAGAUGAGUUUGAAUCAAACGUCAAUGAAAUCAAGGAUCCCUUCCCCCCUGCUGAUUUUCCCGGUGACGAUGAGGAGGAGGACCCUGAGAUCCCACAGAGCCCCAGACCCCGUCCUAUGGCAGACCUACAGCUGAAAGAGAAGGCCGUGCCCAUGCCAGAGGCCAGCUCUUUCUUCAUCUUCGGGCCCCAGAACAAGUUUCGUAAGCUGUGUCAUCGGAUCAUCAACGCCACCACGUUCACCAACAUCAUCCUCCUCUUCAUCCUUCUCAGCAGCAUCUCCCUGGCUGCCGAGGACCCCAUCGACCCCGUAUCCUUCAGGAACCAGGUCUUGGCUUAUGCCGACAUAGUCUUCACCUCAGUGUUCACAGCUGAAAUUGUGCUAAAGAUGACCACGUAUGGGGCGAUUUUGCAUAAGGGCUCUUUCUGUCGGAACUCCUUCAACAUCCUGGACCUGUUGGUCGUGGGCGUGUCCCUUCUGUCUAUGGGAAUGGAGUCAAGUGCUAUCUCUGUGGUGAAGAUUCUGAGGGUGCUGAGGGUCUUGAGGCCUCUGAGGGCCAUCAACAGGGCCAAGGGUCUGAAGCACGUUGUCCAGUGUGUGUUUGUGGCUAUCAAGACUAUCGGCAACAUCGUCCUUGUCACCAUGCUGUUGGACUUCAUGUUUGCUUGUAUUGGUGUCCAGCUCUUCAAGGGCAAGUUCUACAUGUGCACAGACCCCUCCAAAAUGACUGAGAAUGAGUGCAAGGGAUGGUACAUCAGAUACCAGGAGAACAGUCUCCACGAGAUGGAGAUCCACAAGCGUGAGUGGAUCAAUAGCGACCUAAACUUCGACAACGUGCUGAAUGGCAUGCUGGCGCUGUUCACCGUGUCCACGUUCGAGGGCUGGCCACAGCUUCUGUACAAAGCCAUCGACUCGCACACUGAGGACAUGGGACCCCUGUAUAACAACCGUAUCGAGAUCUCCAUCUUCUUCAUCGUCUACAUCAUCCUCAUCGCCUUCUUCAUGAUGAACAUCUUUGUGGGCUUCGUCAUCGUCACCUUCCAGGAGCAGGGCGAGCAGGAGUACAAGAACUGCGAGCUGGACAAAAACCAGCGUCAGUGUGUUCAGUAUGCUCUCAAAGCGCGACCCCUCCGGUGCUACAUUCCCAAGAACCCUUACCAGUACCGGGUGUGGUACAUUGUGACGUCCUGCUACUUUGAGUACCUCAUGUUCCUGCUCAUUAUGCUCAACACACUCUGUCUGGGCAUGCAGCACUGUAACCAGUCUGACCACAUCACUCACCUCUCAGACACACUGAACGUGAUCUUCACUGUGCUCUUCACCGUGGAGAUGAUCCUCAAGCUCAUGGCCUUCAAAGCCAAGGGAUACUUUGGAGACCCCUGGAAUGUGUUUGACUUUCUCAUCGUCAUCGGGAGCGUUGUUGAUGUCAUCUUGAGCGAGAUUGAUGCCGCUCUUGCCUCCAGUGGCGGACUGUACUGUCUCCAUGGUUGCGCGGAGGUAAACCCGAUGCAAGCUAUAGCAGACUCUGAGAAUGCCCGGGUCUCCAUCACGUUCUUCCGAUUGUUCCGAGUCAUGCGCCUGGUGAAACUACUGAACCGAUCAGAGGGUAUCCGGAACCUUCUGUGGACCUUCAUCAAGUCCUUCCAAGCCCUGCCCUACGUCGCCCUCCUCAUCGUCAUGCUGUUCUUCAUCUACGCCGUCAUUGGGAUGCAGGUGUUUGGUAAAAUAGCCUUGGUGGACGGCACCCAGAUCAAUCGGAACAACAACUUCCAGACAUUCCCUCAGGCCGUCCUGCUGCUUUUCCGGUGUGCCACAGGGGAGGCCUGGCAGGAAAUCAUGCUGGCCUGUAUGUACGGGAAGCUGUGCGACCCCAAAUCCGACUACCUGCCUGGAGAGGAGUACACCUGUGGGUCCGGCUUCGCCAUCCUGUACUUCAUGAGCUUCUACAUGCUCUGUGCCUUCCUGAUUAUCAACUUGUUUGUGGCAGUCAUCAUGGACAACUUUGACUACCUGACACGUGAUUGGUCCAUUUUGGGUCCCCAUCAUCUGGACGAGUUCAAGAAAAUCUGGGCAGAGUAUGACCCAGAAGCCACCGGGCGAAUCAAGCACCUGGAUGUGGUAACUCUGUUGCGGAGAAUCCAGCCCCCACUGGGCUUUGGGAAGUUCUGCCCUCACCGCGUGGCUUGCAAGCGACUGGUGUCCAUGAACAUGCCACUGAACAGUGAUGGUACAGUCACCUUCAACGCCACCCUGUUUGCCCUCGUCAGAACGGCCCUUAAGAUCAAAACUGAAGGUAACUUUGAGCAGGCCAACGAGGAGCUGCGUGCUAUCAUAAAGAAGAUCUGGAAACGGACCAGCAUGAAGCUUCUGGACCAGGUCAUUCCGCCUAUCGGAGAUGAUGAGGUGACCGUGGGCAAGUUCUACGCCACCUUCCUCAUCCAGGAUCACUUCCGCAAGUUCAUGAAGCGCCAGGAGGAAUACUACGGCUAUCGCCCCACCAAGAAGAACGCCACAGAGAUACAGGCGGGCCUGCGUAGCAUUGAGGAGGAGGUGGCCCCGGAGCUCCAGCGGGCCAUUUCUGGAGACCUGACGGCGGAGGAGGAGAUGGACCGGGCCAUGGAGGAGGCUGCGGAGGACGGCAUCUACAGGCGUUCAGGUGGCCUGUUUGGGAACCACGUGGACCCCUUUGCCAUGGAGCGGAGCACCCCCCUGCCCACCCAUGUGACAAGCCAGCGCCCCCUGCAGCUCUCUGAUAACCGGCCUGGGGACGCAGAGAUGUCCCCUGACUCUGUCUUCUUGCCCAACACCGAGUUCUUUCCCAACACGCCCACCAGGACCAACGCCAAUAACAACAACUUUAACAGCAAUGCAGGGGAAUGGCUUGCCUGUGAGAGAGAGGGGCACACGUAUCUUCAAACCAUCACAGACACCAGCUACAAUACCAGGGAAGACAGACAACCAUUCACACCAGGAAAUCCCAUGACAUUUCCGAUGGAUGGCACCCCCCAGAGCAACACUGCAUACAUGCUCUUUCCAGAAACUACAGUGAGGACAGACAGUACUCAGUUCCCAUACCGCUUCACUCAGAGAGGUAGAGGGUCAAAUAACUCCCAGCAAGCAGUGGGGCAGGGUCCAGUGUCUGCAGCUGAUCAGCUCAUCCAGGAGAUCCUGACAGGGGGUGGUCUAGAAGACCUGGCAAGAGACCCCAGGUUUGUGGCAGUGACGCGACAGGAGAUGGCUGAGGCCAUGCGCCUGGAACCAGAAGACAUGGAGGAAGCAGCCUUGGGCAUUCUUAAUGGUCGCAGGGGUCGUGUGGCCAAACGGCGACAUAGGCCCACACCUGUUCCUCCCUGCCCCAGUCAAGCCAAACAGCAGGACUCAAACAUGACCGACAGUCACUUGUAGGCCCAUCAAUAAACUGCAGUGUGACUUCAUUGUGGCAUCACGCCACCCAAGCCUUUCUAGGUCACAAGCCAGGAAUGUAGACCCUGAUUGGUCAUCUUGGAAAGGAAACGAGACCAGAUGUUGAUCAGGCUGAACUGGUUAAUAAGCAGUGGUUAGCCCCAUCAGGUGUCAUUUUAAGAUGAACAUAGUUGGUGUUUUGCAGACCAAAAACAAAAACAGUGCCUUUACAGAUAUGAAAAGGAAUUGCUUAGUUUUCCUACAUCUAGCCCAGAUUUAUUUAAAGAAAUAAAUAAAGAAAACAGUUUUAGGAGCUUCUUUCAUGUUUCCAUAUUUGCUGUAUCAAUAAGUAUGGUGGCAAUUUUUUUUUCAAAACCAACCCAAAUGCUUAAAGGGACAGUCAAUUGUGAUGAGCUCACAACAUAAUAAGCAGCCUAAUUGUGGGGUUGUGUAUUCUGAGACAGGAAGUGGGAGCUUCACUGCUGAUCAUGAUGAAGGAAACACCUUGGGUUGACAGUCAGGAGCAAAGGAGAAGAAGUGAAAUAUAGUGAUUUAUUCAGAUGGAUUUAUUUCUCUGUGUUCGGCUUUUC